GCCAAGACAUGAAACGAAGAGAAGACAUACAUCUGAAUACAUUUACAACACUAAUAGUGUAUUAUGGCGUGCAGGUGAAGCUCGUUGUGGGAAGUCAGGUUUGAUCUGUUUGGCGUUCCUUCUCGCCCAGAAUGUUCGUCCAACGUCUUCCGAUCACAAAUAGAAUAAGACGGUCGGCCGCAGGUUAUUGUUUAAGGUAAAAAUGGCGACUGUCAGUCAAUCAAGUACAUCUGCAAGUCCGAAUGCGACGGGAGUGUGGAACCGAUUGUCUCCAGAAGAGUUUCAACAGCUUCAGGAGUACACUAAGUAUGCCAAGACUAGCCGAUUGACUGAUGUUCUUCAACAGUUCCGUGAUGGAGUUUAUCCACAGUACAAUCCAGAGAAACCAAUGGAUUAUGAGGGCUUCAAGUUAUUUAUGUCGGCUUAUCUUGGCAACAAUGUGAGUGAGGAUUUGUGCGAGCAUCUCUUCUGGGCAUUCCACAAGCAAGUUGCUGUGCAGUCGCCAUCACUGUCACAAACUAUCAUAGACAGUGUGGCUGUUUCUGUAGUUGCGUCUAAUUCCCAACAGGAUGUCAACAAACAUGAUCAAAGGAGACUUUCAGAAAUUCCAGGUAUCCACAGUGGAGCUGGAACUGCAGCGCUGGUUGCCACGGCAGCUGCUAUAGGGGUUGGCGAUAAACCUGAAAUAACGCUAUCUAAAGCCAAUGAUGAUGAAGCUGAACCAAGUGUUAAAGCUAAUGGUUCUCCCACAGUUAAAACUAAUAAUAACGAUUCUAAAGCCAGCGUACAACCUUCACUCACUUUGUCACCAGCGCCAAUCCAAGAUUCCUUAGGGCUUGGUACGUGGGGGCGAAAGUCACCUGAUUUAAAACAUCACUUCCGAAGACACUCUAGUGGCUCAUUCAUGGCUUUCAAAGUGGCCAAUGAACACCCUCCAGCCCAUCCACGCUCAAGUUCACAGAGAAAGAAAAUGUCAAGUGAACAAGUGAACCUGCUGAAUGUCAACCAACAGGCCAAAACAGUACCUAUGGUGUCUCAAAUAAGAGAUGAUGGACAACAUCAGUGGCGCCAGAAAUACUUCAGUAGACCUGCAUACUGUAACAUGUGUCAUAAUGUCUUGAAUGGCUUUGCUCGCAAGCAAGGUCUUCAGUGCUUAUUUUGCAAGUACACAGUACAUGAGCGAUGUGUUCAAAGAGCACCAGCUUCUUGUAUCAACACUUAUGUCAAGUCAUCCAGAAGGAGUGGUAAAAUGAACAUGGAUCAUCACUGGACGGAAGGGAACUGUCCAGGAAAGUGUUUCAAGUGUGGUAAAACUGUCAAGAGUAACAACUGUCUGACUGGAUUACAUUGUGCUUGGUGUCAAGUCACAGUUCAUAACAAAUGUGCAACUCAUGUUGUCCCAGAGUGUAACCUUGGAGAGCACAGAGAUCACAUUCUACCUCCAGUGUCCAUAUCGCCUGCUGGUGGUCUGGACAGGAGAAAAGACAACUCCACUCCAGAGGCUCAUAGGAAAAGGACAAACUCUUAUGUCAACUUUGAGGGAAUGCCAAUGCAGAUCUCACCUCUUCGUGGCACGCAUCCCUUAGCAGUUUUUAUUAACCCUAAAAGUGGUGGCAGACAAGGUGCAAGAUUACUACACAAGUUCCAGUACUUACUCAAUCCAAGACAAGUCUUCAAUCUUGGGGAAGGUGGACCAACCCCUGGUCUGAAGUUUUUCCAGAGUGUUCCAGAUUUCCGUGUUCUUUGCUGUGGCGGUGAUGGAACAGUAGGCUGGGUACUAGCCACUAUAGAUAAAUUACAGAUGAAGAAACCACCCCCAGUAGCUGUUUUACCUCUUGGAACCGGAAAUGACUUGGCAAGGUGUUUAAAAUGGGGAGGAGGUUAUGAAGGUGGAAGUAUUUCCAAAGUGUUGAGUCUGAUUCAAAAGAGCACGGUUGUAAGUCUUGACAGGUGGUCAGUGUCAUUCAAGCAAACCAACCGAGAGGACAUGGGAGACCCACCCCCUCUUGAUAUCAUUAACAACUACUUUUCCAUCGGAGUGGAUGCGUCUGUGGCACUCAAGUUUCACUUACAAAGAGAAAAGAACCCUGAAAAGUUUAACACGACAUGCAAGAAUUUACACGAGGAGAUUGAAAUUAUCUGUGAUGACACACCAUUAGACCUCCCUCAACUGGAAGGUAUUGCUGUUGUGAAUAUUCCCAGUGUGUACGGUGGAGCGAACCUCUGGGGUGAAACCGACAAGAAGAAGGCCAGACGGUCACGUGCUAAAUCAGGCGGCAGAGGCAAUGAUUUGGAGUGGGCAGUGCAAGACAUAGGAGACGGGCAGCUGGAAGUUGUUGGACUUGAAAACACUCUGUUUGUUAGUCAGAUUAUCGUUGGUGUCAGAGCACAUGGUCUAAGAUUAGCUCAGUGUUCCUCUAUUGUAAUUAGAACCAAGAAGUUGUUUCCAAUGCAAAUAGAUGGAGAGCCGUGGAUGCAGCCACCAGCUGAGAUUUUGAUCACACACAAGAAUCAGGUUCCAAUGCUUCAAGGUCCGCCGCCCGUCAAGAGCUCUUUCUUCUUCAGGAGAAGACAAACUCGAGACCCUGAACUGGAGAGUGAGAUUUAGACUGUUUUUUUACCCACCGAGCUCUUGAUAAUCCGAGACAGACAGAGUUUAUUGCCUUAUUUUAUUCAUGAAGCUGAAGAUAUUUUAACAGGCGGCAGAUUCAUAGUUACCAUGCCAUCUGUGCCACGCUGUACACAAUCAGAACUGGGACAGGUAACAUGUAUUGCGUAAAGUUUUACUUAAGUUAUGUUCACAUAGGACGGUUCAAAUGGGUCCCGUCCAAAAACUGUUCAUGCAGAACCUGCUAUCCGUACUGUCUAUACGGGUCCAGGCCGGGCCCUUCCUUAUAAUAAGUAGGGAACUGGGUCUCGUGUGAACGCAUGGACUGGUCAUCUUGGACCGGAACCAUCUGUGACCGAUCCAGUGUGAACAUAGUUUUGGCUUUUCGUCGUCCCAAGGAAAAGAAAGAGAGCCUUGUUUUAGAAUUUUAAUAGAAUUCUUAUAAUUUUUUUGCUGUUAUUUUCAAAAUAAGGUCAGUAUUUUUAACGCCACCAAGAGCUCGUCAGAGCUAGAAUGUUAAGUGUUUCUGGUAAUAUGCCUUGUCUUUUCAUCACGUGUUACGCUGAUAAUUGUCAUAUCAUAUUCUUUUGAUUUAUUUAGUUAUCUAUCUGUUUUCGCAUCUAGUACAAUUACAACGUAGCCAAUCACAGCGUCCAUUAAUAGUGAGGGUAAAUGUUAUAAGAAGAAAUGAAAACAAAAGAGCUUGUAUUUAAUUAGUGUUUAAAUUUUAACGGGUUAAUGUGGAAGUUUUACUCGCUCAGUGUACAAAAGAGACAUAUGCUGUUGAUCAGCGUAUGAUUGACACCGGGAGCCGCCGCUCUGCUGACGUGUCUGUUGUUAUUUAUUGUUUGUUCACGUAUGAACAUAAACUCCAUAGAUAGGUAGAGAAAAGAAUCUAUUGAUGACAAAUUAAGUAACACCAUGGGCACAUUUAACCCUUCCGUUCACGAGCGCGAAAUUCAGUCUGACAUUAUUUGUUGAGUUUACGUAUUCUCCUUACCUGUCUACUGGACAGUGUUUGAGUAUCUUGAGGAGAAAAGAAAUAUUGAUCAGUUUUGUGAAUGGAAUGGUUAAAGCAGCUGAGUGGUGCGUAUAAUGAUCAGUAGUUAGAGUCCGACACAAGUAUUAUAUUCCUUGACUUGCGGUCGCAGCUUAAUUAGAAUAUAUAAAUCCAAGAAUAUAAUAAUCCUUGCAAAGUUCCAGUCCUAUGUUUAUUUAAGUACACGGAUCUUAUGAUAAGAAAGGUCGUCAAGUCACGGGUUGCUUGCACGAGGGAAAAAAAUGUCUCCCGUCACGUACGUGUAUUUUGCGCGGGCCAUGGAACGAGCGAGCUGCGAGAGACGUCUCUGAUUUCGACUUAAGUACCCGAGUAGUAAGGGAGAAACUCGCGAUAGACGUGUUGUUUGUUUAUGUUUAUCGUCUUGAUUUCUAAGCACAUGGAGGGAGGUGCACUGUUAUUGGUUACUUUCUCCUUACAUGUUGAACACCGAAUGGUAUAAAUCAAAGUUUUUACACGGAUUCCACUUUGCAGUGAUUUUUUGUCUUACUCCCAGCCAUCUUUUGGCAUGGCCCGACGUCUUCAUGUCAGUACAGCUUAUCAAAGUAUCUCUGGGGAGAUGAAAGUUAAUGGCAGUGCCCCUUAAACUUGAAGAUCGCUAUUUCAGAAUAUCACCCUGUUUUGGCUGAUAACAAGUUAGAGAGAUACGCCAAUCUUCGGACGUGACUUUGCAUUGUGUAGGAAGGCAUUAGCGUUGUCAGCUAUGUUGCUUUUUGAGAAGUUAUUACCCUGAUUGUAUUUGUUUCGACGUGUUCUUCCUGUGUUACAACUUUCUUAGCAAGGUGAUAUAAUCCCAUAUAAAGUGAAAGUAAUAUAUAGUAAAUGAAUUAGAUAUAUUGCUAUUUAAACAUUCGCGAACUGAGGGCUUUAAAUUAACUGGCUUGCAUAUACACUGCAGUUUUAUGCUGCUUUGUGAAGGUUCUUUAUCGUAUGGUAACGAUUAUUCCAAAACACGAAAUCUUGUCACGAACAGUAUGUGAUCUGUUGUAAGUUUUCUGUCAUUCGUAUCGUAUUUAUUGUAACGAGCAGGAGAUUUACAAUUGGUCUUAAGGAAAUCGUUGGCGCUUUGGUCACCCCAUAUUUGCUAUUGAGGCACGCUUUCUAGUGUAGUGAGAGUGUAGAGUUUGUCUCUAUUGAGAUGUCCCUGGCUCUCCGCUGCAGGAGGCGAAACUCCAAAAUAAGGACCUCAGUCACGGUAUUUUGAGUUCUUUUGGCCACGUACGAUAUCACCUUAAAUUGAAGGAAACACGAAAAUAGUAGGUUAUUAAGAUAGGAAAAUACCGAAGAGACAAUAAUAAACCAUAAAUUAACAAGGGUGGUUAAGAAUGGAGGAGAUUUACGCGGAUUACAAACGACGAACUUGAAAAAUUUCGGCUAAACUUUUCAAGGUGCGCUAACCGUGACUUAGCUCCUUUAAGUGAUAUUGUCUGUGAAGAUGCCAUGGAGAUGGUAUUUCGUAAAAUCGCACUAGUUUAACGGACAAACUUUGUCAACGCGGAAGGCAAUGUAUUGUUUAGUCGCUGAACAUAAAGUCAGCUUUUCCUUUGACAUGUUAGAAUAUCUGAUGAAUCUAACCUUUCUUAGUCGCGAAACCAGGAACCAAGUUUUAAAAAAGCAUUUAUUACAUAGACAGGACUCGUGCUCUGGUUUUACGGGCUAAGGAAGGCUUCUAAAGUAUUCAAUCGACUGCUAACGUAUUUAUUCCAUGUUGUGAGUGAUAUUUAAAUGUGAUUUUAAUCCUGUACGAUGGUUCUACACCAUAUAUACAAUAAUGAGUACAACUGAAAUAAAAGCCUACAAGUAGCGUAAUA